AAAAAAAAAUCUGAUUUGACAGAUUAAAUUACGUGUGACGCACUUAAUAAUACUGAGGUGUUAAAAUCAAGCUAAGAAGGUUAAAGCGGUUUGUUGAGUUCAAAAUGACAUGGUGUUCUAAUUUUUGUUGCAUUAAUUUGCUGGGUAAGAAAAAUAAAUUCUGUAUUUAAUUAGUUACUACAGUACUGUCAUAUGUUGAUUUUUGGUGUUGGUCUAGGAUUGCUUCCUAGUAUGAUACUUAGUAAAUAACCAGUAAUCCCGUAAGUGAUCUAAACAUUCUUGUAGUCAUCAAUAACAAAAGUAACCUAGUAUGACAACCCAAAUUAAGCUGUCUCUCAAAAUAUCUACGUGAGUGAGUGCUGUGACAUACGGUAUUGUAAUGCUGUACUAUCCUCAAUGGAACUAGAGUGCGACAAGUUCAACAGUUUGUUGGACCUACGAUCCUACUCUAGGCGAUGUCCCAGCGAGCAGAUGCCUCCCAGUGUGGUGGGGUUGUGGUCGAAUUUGAGUCUGACGACAUCAGGGAUGCGAGAAAAAAAGCUAAAAAACCUAGGAGUAUACCAGGUUCAGCUCUUAUCUACCUCAAGGGUCCCAAGUUUCUCAUCUAUGUCAGUGGAGCAUUGUCAAUGUGGGGCGAUCGCAUGUGGCACUUUGCUAUCUCUGUGUUCCUGAUUGAGCUGUACGGACGUAACCUGCUGUUGACUGCAGUGUUUGGAUUGGUAGUGGCUGGGUCAGUGCUCCUGCUUGGGGCUUUGAUUGGCGACUGGGUUGAUCGCAAUCCCAGGAAUAAAGUUGCACAUGCGUCUCUUUUCAUUCAGAACAUCUCAGUGACAGUAUGUAGCAUUGUGCUCAUGUUAGUGUUCUCAUAUAAGCAAAGGAUUGAACAGAUCUGGGAUGGAUGGCUUACUGUGGUUUGUUAUACGGUGGUGAUCGUCCUGGCAGAUGUGGCAAACCUUGCAAGCACAGCGCUGACCAUUGCCAUUCAGAGGGACUGGAUUGUGGUGAUCACAGGCUACAACCGAGGUCACCUCGCUGGAAUGAAUGCAACCAUGAGGCGGAUAGAUCAGGUGACUAAUAUCCUGGCCCCACUAGCAGUGGGACAGGUCAUGACCCUGGCCUCCAAUGUAGUUGGCUGUGGCUUCAUCCUGGGCUGGAACCUUGUGAGAUUUUGA